UUCGGGCUGUAACGAAUCCAUGUAUGUAUGCUUCGCACGAGUGCAACAUUAAUAACAUUCUCUGCUCCCCUACUUAAUGAAGUUAUCUCGACCAGCCGUUUGUGCCAUUUGACCUCCCGGGUCAUGCAUAUGUAGAGUAGUUCAGGUCAAGCUGAACAAGCUGUAAUUCACCGACAUUGACGUGCAGAGAUAUAUGAAUACAUGUCAGGUUAUCACUUGUUCUUCUUUCAUACUAUGUUUAUCUAUACAACAUAAUAUAUUGUUUGCAACUGAAAACGCUGCUAAAAGGGUUGUGUGUUUUGAUGACAGCAUCUGGCGAGAGGGUGAUACACAUGUCUGUAGACAUGCUUUGUUUGAGAGUGUGCUUCAUCUAUGUAAUGAACGUUUCUUCUGGACAGAGACUCGGGCUUACUUUGGAAUCACAUGUGUUGUCUUUGUCGCCAUCUUCCUACUCGUUUUCAUCGCGUACAAAAGACGACUGAGAGGAAGACAGACAGGAACACCAGGAACAUCACCCUCAACGUACACCUGUUCAGUCAAUCAGCUUGGCGGAGACCUGUGUGGUGAGCUCAGCGGGGACACGUGGAUGGAGUGUAUGCUGGGGGAGUUCCAAAAACUGCCAUCUCCACACAUACAGCCAGUGAACUCUGCCUCCUUGGACGAGAACAAAGGGAAGAACCGGUACAAAGAUAUCCUGCCAUUUGAUACCACUCGAGUGCCCCUGGAGGUAGAACAGGAAGAUGACAGCGACUACAUCAACGCCUCCUACGUAGACGGUUACAUGGACACAGCCCGGUAUGUUGCAGCUCAAGGGCCUUUGGAAGAAACCAAGAACGACUUCUGGAGAAUGAUAUGGCAGCUGAACACCAACAAGAUUGUCAUGCUUACAAACCUCAUGGAGAUGGGACGGGUGAAGUGCCACAGGUACUGGCCAGACUGUACGUCCGAGUCCACGAUGUACGGCUGUAUAAGUGUUCAGUUCGUGGACGAAGAGGUCCACGAUAGCCACACUCUCCGCUCCCUGGCCGUCUCUAAGGAAGGUACAGAGACAACACUGAUCCAGCAGUUCCACUUCACCCAGUGGCCCGACCACGGGGUUCCCGAGGACACUGCUGCGUUGUUACACUUCUACAAAGUAGUGAAAGAGUCGGGACCGCCAGUGUCAGGGCCUUUAGUGGUUCACUGCAGUGCUGGCGUUGGACGGACUGGGACAUUCCUAGCAUUGGACUACCUCCUGGAUCAGGCCCGGAACGAGGGUCGAGUCUGUGUCUACAACUGUGUGCAGCACUUCCGUAUGAAGAGGAUGAAAAUGGUUCAGACAAAGGAACAAUAUAUAUUCAUACACAGCAUUCUCAAGGACGCCGUACAAUCGGAACACACCUUCAAGGAGCCAGUGCAUAUUCAGUGUGAGGCAUGCUGGUGCCGGGUUGAGAAGCACAGUGAUGAGGAAGAGGUGCUGUAUGAAAAUGUUCCCCGUCACUGGACACGUCAGCUGCAACAUGGAGAUGGAGAUACGGCCUCUCUCCCCGAUGUCUGUGACGUGGUCUGUGAAACGAUACCCUUGCUGACAAGUCACACAGACAGUACCGCGGAGGGGACACUUCCGGAAGUGACGAUGGACGAGGAGGCACGAAGGGUGAGCUGGGUCUCACCUCUGUAGGCUUCACAACACCAAAUGUUUUCAAAUAGACUUCUAUAGAAACGUUAUAUAUUUUUAAAUCACCCAGGCUGUUAACAGCCGUCCCAUGUACACACGGGUACAGUCUGGCCUUUAUACUACAAUAAAAACACAAAUUCCGGCUAACUUAU